CUGUAUAUAGAAUAAGGGAUAAGAGGCAGGGAGUUACUGUAUUUAGAGCAGGGGCAGUGAGUUACUGAAUAGAUGUUUAACCCUAAUACACAACCCGUCCCUCCACAAAGACAAACGAACUCGGAAGAAAAGAGGCAUUGAGUGUCGCCAUGGAAACAACCUACCCACCAGCGCUUAGCGGAAGUGUCGUCAUACCAGUAUCAAAAUGGCGUCUCAAGGGCCGUUAGUGAUAGCGAUGCGGCUCCGGAACCAGCUCCAGUCCGUUUAUAAGAUGGACCCACUUAGGAACGAGGAAGUGGUGAAGGUGAAAAUGAAGGAGCUGAAUGAGCACAUUGUGUGUUACCUGUGCGCCGGCUACUUCAUAGAUGCCACAACCAUAACGGAAUGUCUGCACACCUUCUGUAAGAGCUGCCUAGUGAAGUACCUACAGACCAGCAAGUACUGCCCCCUGUGCAACAUCAAGAUCCACGAGACUCAGCCCCUCCUCAAUCUCAAGCUGGACCGGGUCCUGCAGGACAUUGUCUACAAGCUGGUGCCGGGCCUUCAGGAGAAUGAAGACAGUCGCAUCAGAGAUUUCUACCAUUCCCGUGGGUUGGAGCGAGUUCUUCAGUCAAGUGCAGUUGAAGACUCUGUGGGAGAUGUCUCGCAUCUGUCUCUUUCCUUGGCAGUCUCUCAGAAGACGUCCCACUAUUACAGGAACGAUGAACAUGUCUGUCUUUGUCUUGAGAAAGUCGGUUCUGGGAAAGACAAGAAGAAGUUUAUCCUGCAGAAAUUUGUUCGGUGUUCUGUCCGUUCUGAGAUUCGUCACCUACGCGGGGUUCUUAGUCAUCGGCUCAGCGCACCUCUGGCGCAUGUGCAGCUCCUGAUUGAUAACAAAGUGCUGCCGGAUCACAUGACCAUGAAGCAGUUGUGGUUGAUGCACUGGUACGGCAAGCCGGCGCCGCUCGUUGUGUUGUACAGUGUCAGGGAGAAGAGGAGGUGACCCCCGCGCUGUGUUCUGUUUAUUGCCUGUAUGUGUGCUGGGCCAGUGAGCUAGCAAUCUGCCUAGUGCAAAUGACUGUGUGAAUAUUGUGUCAUCUCCCCAGAGUGCCUUAUUGCUCGGAGCAUGGGCAAGCCUUUGUAUAAAGUCAUAUUUUCUGGAGCCAAAUGUAUAUUUUGCCAAUGGUUUAUAAUAAAAGAUGUAAAUAGUGUGAAAUGGAA